AUGGCUCAUAUCACCAGCAGUGCCGCGCCGGCCGGUUCCAUCCUAUUUUCGAUUUUUGCGCUGCUCGUCAUUUCCGUCAUCGUCCUAUUGAUCUUGCGAUACUACCUGCCGCUGCGAACGACCCCCGGGUUCUAUCUCGUUCCCAUCUUCUUCGCCUUAUGGCUGCCGUCAAUAGUUGUCCUCCUCGUUCCCAUAGACCUGGCAUCCAGCGCCGCUACCAACGAUGAGACCACCAGAGGAAUAUGGCUCCCCGAACGAGUCGUCUUGGUGUCGUGGCGGAUAACAUAUUGGCUGACCUUUGUGCUAACUUGGGCUAUUUUGCCCAUCCUAGGUGAAUACUCGGAUGCCGGCUACCACGAACCGAACGAUAAGCUCAAGUACUCCCUCCGACAAAAUGCGCAGUUUUACGCCAUUGUCCUCGGUGCCAGUGCUGUUGGUUUGGUCUACUUCUUUAUUGCAUAUAAUCCCUCUCUUUUAUCGGUCCAGAGUCUUGUGAUGACUCUUGCCUACUGCUGGGGCCUUGUACUCGCCAUCUAUCUCAUGGGUCACGGGCUUGUUGCGAUUCCAAGACGACUAAUUCGAAAUGCGAGUAUCAGCGGCCGAUUACGGAGAUUGCAGUCGCGAGCCCCAAAAGUGCGUGAGCGCAUGGAAGACACGCUGGUCAUCCUAGAGGAAGUUGAGGCUCAAGUCGCAGAGCUUUGUCGCCGAAAGACCGGCAGCGCUUUGAGUUUUCAGGAAUGGAUCGAGGAGCUUCAAGACAUGGGCAACAUCGUGCCGUCUCAGGUACCAUCCGGCUUCAGCACCUUCGGCGCUAGUGGUCGAUCCAUUCCGCCUGUCAUCACAGAAAAGUAUUUGGCCGACCUGACUCGAGGCUUUGUUCGGGCUAGGCAUGCUAGAUCUCGAUAUGUCGACGAAUGGAACGGCUUGGUGCACGAAGCAGGGGAAUUGCAGAUGAUUUUAGAUUCUGCUGCAUCAAAGAAGCUAAAUUUCGGAGAGCCGUCACCGCACGCGGGAGUUUGCGAGAGGACCAGAAUUCUGAGUCCAUAUACUCGAUACAUAUUUUACUACCAUGUCGUCCCCUACUCACAAGUAGCAUUUGGUCUAUUCCUAGCUGUCGCCUCUGCUUGCGUUGUCUGGUCGGAAUUGGUUCGAUAUACAUUCCCGCAAUUGUCCGUCAUUCGCCUCAGUGUGGUACAUCACUGGGUGGGCGACAAGCCUGAAGUUGGGUUUGCAGGACAAGUCGUUUCUGCUUUCUGGAUUAGCUACAUGUGUGCGGCAGCGCUUCUCUCCAUGACAGAAGUCAAAGUCUGGCGUGGCCGGGCCCUUGUGAAGCGGAACACGGCUUAUGAAUCGGCAUUUUGGUACUCCAUGCAGGUCGCCAAGCUUACUAUCCCGCUGUCGUACAACUUUGUGACUUUCUUAUCCAAAGAGGUAUAUGAAAAGACGAUAUUCUUCAAGUUCCUGGGGCAACUACUCGAAAAGACCGCGCCUGGUCGGUGGUUUGAUGAUCUCUUUCCAAUUGUCGUCUUGUUCCCUGUGGUGGCAACAUUGUUCGGGUUGUACGGGAAAGUCAAACGUGUUUUUGUCGGCAUCGACGUCAUUGACGAGGGCGAUGAAAAUGGGCCGGCAUAUGGGACUGGAUCUUGGCGAGAAGGUCGUGCUCUCAUUGAACGAGAACUGGAAGGCACAGCGAUAUACCGUCGACGAGGGGACACGGCUUCAAGCGUCGCACUAGGUGGACGAGGAAACAGACCAGCUCCCACCCUCUCCAUUCCCGCAGUUAGGAAUCACGCUGCGGCGCCCAGUCGAUCACCCUUGUCCCCGUCCAACAAUCGCCGACCAGGACAAGCUCCAAGGGCUCCUCUUAGCGACGAAGGAAUGGAAGACGAUAACAUGCUUGUAAUCAUAGGAAACCGUGUGAAAAACACAUUCGAGGGCAUGGAAGCGCCCAAAUGGUUUCAGGACAUCAAGAAACCCAAGUGGAUGGGCGGGGACAACGACAAUGCUGGUAACUCUCAGGAUAACUCCAACAUACGCAGAUGGUUUGGUGGAGAUGGCCACAUUCGGUUGUAA